GGCGGGGUCACACCGGGGAAGUGACGGGAGGCUGCCGGGAUGUGACUGCGGCCUGAGCGACGUGAGCGUCUGACGGGCAGGAUAUAGGGAAGAGAGAACAGCGGGAGGGAGAGGCGUUGGCGGCAGAGGCGGACGCUGCAUGUAGAGCACGGCGCCCUGCUGCUGCCUGUGACAGCGAGGAGAACUGUGGCACUGGACAAGGCUGCAAUGUGAAAAAUGUGAAAGGGUCUGAAGACUUUCCAGAUACACUGUAGAGUUCAGCAGCACAGCCUUUGUUUACAAUACUGUCACAUGAGGAAACUGACGUUUUCUGGAAUCUGGCCAAUAACGGGACCUUUCAGAACUUUUUUUUCCUUCUGUCUAUGGAGAAGUGUGAAGAAUUGUUCGUCCAGAUAUGCAGAAUUCAAAUACUUUUAGGUGAUGAUACAGAAGAGAAGAAGGCAUCCUCUGCUCAGUCACAAUGAACCAGCAGCAAAUUAACAGCGACUAUGCACGGAGCAGUGUCGUGGAUUCCCAUGGUUCACUGCUGGACGUCCAUUCAAUUAAUAGUGCUGAGUUGGUGGCAAGACUUGAAUCCUACGAGAGCUCAGGGAAAAAAAGCAUAUCUGAUGUCAGAAGAACAUUCUGCCUCUUCGUCACCUUUGAUUUCCUGUUUGUCACUUUAUUGUGGAUCAUAGAGCUAAACGCAAAUGUUAAUAUACUAGAGGCCUUGCAGAAAGAGGUUUUACACUAUGACUACCGCUAUUCGUUUUUUGACAUCUUUUUGUUAUCAUUCUUUCGAUUCAAUGUCCUAAUUAUUGCUUAUGCAAUAUGCAAACUGCGCCACUGGUGGCCAGUAGCGGUGACAACAGCAACAACUUGUGCCUUCCUGAUAGUGAAAGUUAUUGUAUCUAAGCUGUUUUCGCAAGGUGCUUUUGGUUAUGUCCUUCCCAUCAUGUCUUUUAUCUUGGCCUGGAUAGAAGCUUGGUUCUUAGAUUUUAAAGUUGUACCGCAAGAAGCUGGAGAAGAAAAUCGUCGUUUAAUGAUACAGAGCGUUUCUGAACGUGCUGCACUUUUACCACCAGGACCAAGGUCGGAUGGACAGUUCUACUCUCCCCCAGAAUCUCCUGCAGAUUCGGAUGAUGAUGCUGUAGAGAAACAAGACAGUGAAAAAUCUCUCAUUGAGUAAAAUUGAAGGCAUUCUACUGCAAGGAACCUUUUUGCAAAGAGUGAUGCAUCCAUGGUUACAACGGAAAGUAAAGCCAAUUAAAGCCUUUCAGUAGAGUACAGAUGGGGCUGCUCUAGUGGAUUGUUCUACAAGGCUGCUAAACUACUGUUGAAGUUGCUGUGGGCACCAGUUAAAACUUACGUUUGUAAGAAGAGAAAAAUACAGUGCAUACUUUAGUGCAUAGCAGAUACUAUAACAACGCUGGCUUAGUAAUACUAUGUUGUAAAAGAGCCGCAAAACUGGACCAACUUGUAUUGUACUUUCCUGGAGUCCACAGUGUCUGAUUUCAGUGCCUUUGUGCUCUCUAUGAUGCAGAAACAAGUGCAAACCUAAGGAUGGGUUCUCUGGUGAGACUAAAACUGUGAAGAUGAUGUGGGAUUUCAUUACAGAAUUAGCUUUUUGUCGUAUUGCAUCGUGCCAUCAUGUACAUGAUGUUUUAUGUAACAAAUACUGACCUUUUUUUUUUUUAACAUGUGGCACACUGGCAAGUAACAAAGAAAAGAUUCAGUUUACCAAUGUUCCUACACUGGGCAUGACUUAGAGGGGUUGUCCAGUUGGCACCCUGCACCCCCGCUGAUCAGCUGUUCUGUUUAGCUCCAACACCAGAAGUCUGCACUUGAGCUACAGAGCACCAUCAGCUGAAUGGCGGGGGUGUGGAGUAGGACAGGCCAUCACUUGAAAAAAGCUGGACAACCCCUUUAAGCAUUCAUGUAUUUGUUAUUACUCCUUGCACAAACCUUUUUUCUUAGCUGCUAUUCUGAUUUUGUUCUCAUCUUUAUAUAUAUUGUGUGUUUUUGAAUUGUCUCCUAUUGUUCUAUUGUUUGUCCUUCAGCAAAGUUUCCUAAAAUCCCACUCCAGAUAAUUAUUAAUUUUAGUUAUGUACUAAGCACUUAAAUGGUUUGAAACUAUCAACAGUGAAAUUGUAACUAUUAUUCUUAAAUUCUACCGAUUUAUUCUUUGAGUUAUCAGGCUUCUAAAAAAAAAAAAAAGCCCUAAUGCACCAAAAAAGGGAUGUUGGAAUCAAAUUAAACUUUAUAUGCGUGAUUGUAAUGAUAUAUGUAAGAAGUGAUUACAGUAUUCGGCAUAGGAUCUCAGUACUGGAGGAAAACGCUUCAGUUUUGACGCCAUUCAUUGUCAAUGGGGACAGAAUUGAAUAGAAUGCACCAGAAUGCAUUCUGUUCCGUUUGGUUGCGUACCAAUGCUGGACAGAAAAAUGAGGCAAACAGUGUUUUUGAGUUUGUCAUGGAAAGCGGAGCAAGACGGAUCCAGCAUGAAAAACAAUGUAAGUCAAUAGUGCAUGGCUGUUUUAGAGAUAACGCAACCGGAUCCGUUCAUCCUAUAGUGGCAAGACUCCGGGUCUAAUCAGACCACACCAGUAAUCAUUUACAUAUCUGUCUGAGACAUAACUGCACGCUGAAUUUUGCUGUAAUCUGACAUUUUUUUUCUGGGUGCAAUUCUUUCUUUUUUUUUUUUGUCAGAGUGUAUAUAUUUUAAGAUUUCCCAUCCAGCAACAUCAGAUUUGAUGAAUUUGACACAUUCCUGUGUAUUAUUUUGAGUAAAUGAAUUAUUUAGUACAUUGACAUUUUUUCAUGGCAUCCAAAAAUCCAGAAAUUUCGGUAACCAUUUCAGAUUUUGUAAGAUCAUAAGCAGAAGACAUAGCAGAAUGAACCAAUUAAGAAUUCUUAAAAAAAAUACUAAGUAACAUGUUUUGUAUUAGAGUACCCAUCAUUUCAGUUUUUUCUCAUAAAUCAAUAGUACCUGCAAUUAAAAUAUAGAGAAAACUAUACUUGGGCACCUGUCCUUCUACUGAGCUGAUCGUGCACUCUCAAUUCACUGGUAAAAUCAGUCCAGAGAGGCAGAGAUGACUAUCAAUUAUCAGCUCACUGAAGGAUGAGUUUACACUUGCUGCCUAUAGAAGUCUAUUGAGAGAGGAGGAGGAGUUGCUGCUGAUUUUUAGCAAGUGUCCUAUCUCACCUCAUUGCUGGAUUCACAUUAACAUUGCCCAUUACUGCUGUUCAAUGUCCAUCAUGUGCUGUUCUUCCUGAGGGUUUGCCACAAAGAGAUAAGCAACAUCAUAGUGCAUGGGAGACCUCAUAUCAGCUGGUCUCCACCCACACUGGAAUUUCAUUCAGGGGAAACUGACAAUUAGAGAUGGAGUCUGUGGAGGGAAAAACUGCUGGAAAAUGCCAGAUAAAAGUAAUAUGUGCUUAUUCUUCAUGUACACACACAGCCAAUUCUGAAAUGUCACAUGAAAUGACAGUUGAGGCCUUGUUCACACUUCAGUUAUUUGAUCAGUUAUUUCCAUCAGUUUUUGUGAGCCAAAUCCUGGAGUGGAGGCUACACAGGGAUAAAGUGUAAUGAAAAGGUCUGCACCUGUCCUGUGUUUUUGACCCGCACCUGGUUUUGGCUCACAAUAACUGAUUGAUUGAAAUAACUGAUGAAAAAACUGACGUGUUAACAAGGCCUAAUCUUUAACAUUUUAUUUUGGACUUUUUCCUGAAGGUUCUCCCAAGUGAGGUUUUAUACGAACAUGUCCUCCCUUACCUUUCCUCUUGGCUAAACAAAUUCUGAGAGAGAGUGAGAUUACUUUUGUUUUUUGGGAAACAUGAUAUAAAGUGUAGCCAUUCAGUAGUUGUGUUGUACAUUUCAGUUUGCAAGGGUUUUGAUGUUAUCUUGAAUAUUUUUCCAGAGAGAUCUUAGUCAUUAACCAAUUUCAAGCAAAUGUAAGGACACAUCUGUAUUCUUCUUUGUCUAGUAAUCCAAAACAUCAGAUAAUCUGCUGCAGAUUCUAUUGAUGUCAUGUUGAAGGAGGUUUACUAUACCCAGAUGCCCUAUUCAUAGUGAUCAAGGGCAAUUUAUAAAAUGUCUCCCCUCACAACCUAUAAGUGCCAUAUCAUUUAAUGAACCAAUAUGGUAACCUCCUUCUGAAAGAAAACUCUGCUUGGUUUUAGCAUUAAAUAAGCUCCCAUAUGAUCUUCUGUCUGCCACUUAACCCUUUUCUAUAUGCCAGAAUUUGGUAUUGGAGUGUAUAAGGUCAUUCUGGGAUGAGAAUGGAAGCUCUAUAGCCAUAAAGACCCAUUCCAUAAAGGACCCCAUACAGAUUUGAUGAGUCAUCCAAACCUGCCAAUUUUGGUGAUAUUGACCAACUAAGGCUGAGUUCGCACAUCAGUUAUUUGAUCAGUUAUUGUGUCCUAAAACCAGGUCCGGGUAAAAAACACAGAGCAGGUUCAGAUCUGUCCAUUAUACCUUAUCUCUGAGGAGGCUUCACUCUUGGUUUUGGCUCACUAUAACUGAUGGAAAUAACUGACCAAAUAACUUACAUGUGAACUUGGCCUAACUAAUAUCCACGAGUGUGUCCCAUCUGGUAUGAUGGAUGUCUCCAUGGGCGAAAGAUAAAUCACCCCUUUUACCCAUGACAAAAAUGAGGGAUAUGUGUGCAGACAGUCUAUGGCACACUUUAUAUACCCACCAAGCCUACUCACGACACUUGACUUCUUCAUGAGAUAUGCACUGCCAACGUUGAAAGGAGAAAGUGUUCACAAUAAUGUGACUCAACCAUGUAUGUGUGUGUGGUUAAUAUAACAACUAACUGAGAAUGUCUCAUGGCUUAUUUUGUACAACUUUGGUUUUUAACACAUUAUUUUACACCAUAACUUGUGUCAUGUUAUAAUAUGCUUGUGGUCUCUGCAAUGUGAGUAUAAUAGAAACUUGUUACAAGCAGAUGAUUAUUAAGAUUUCUACUUUGACGAUGGGUAGCCCUAAAACUGUGUUCUGCUUUUUGUCACCUACACCUGUGUGUGUCGCCUACAAAACUGAUUUGCUCAGUCUACAGUAUCUAUUAUUGACAGCAGUUUCUGGAAUUAGAACUCUGGGCUACUUUUAACUAAUGGUUAUGAUUUUCUUACAUCAUCAGGGUAGGUUGCCAUUGUUACUGGCAGCAUUACAUCCCAACUAAAUAUUUGCAUUAACUGUAUGAACGAACCGAAGAAUCUGUCCCAAUGUAUUGUGAAUGUAAUAUUUUUUACUUAAGCUGUUUUUUCUAAAAACUGCAAGUAGAUAUACAGAAAUUGUGUUGUAACCUGUAGCAAGCAACUGGGCUUUUCCAUUUGAUUUUUGAACAAAUGGAGAUCCAAUUGGGUUUUUAAAGGUCACAGCCAAAAUCAGCUCUUGAAAAAUCAAGUUUGAGCUCAGAUUUUCCACCUAGAUUUAUUUUA